AUGGGGACGGCCAUGGGCAGUCCGUUCGCCCCUACCUAUGCAUCAUUGUUCAUGGGUAAGUUAGAGCAAGACUUUUUACAAAGCCAGCAGCUGAAACCUACAUUGUGGCUUCGAUUUCUGGAUGAUGUUUUCAUGAUCUGGGAUCAUUCACUCGACGAACUGAAUAGCUUUGUUAAAGCCCUUAAUGAAUUACAUAGCUCUAUUAAAUUCACGUAUGAAAUUUCAACGAAACAUGUGUCAUUCCUGGAUGUUGAUCUUACGAAAGAUACCAGUAAUAACAUAUGCACCAAUGUACAUGUUAAAAAUACUAACAUCCAUCAGUACCUUCUCUACUCCUCUAAUCAUCCAAAGACUUGUAAAGACGGUAUUCCCUACAGUCAGGCUAAGCGAUAUCGUCGUAUUAUAUCUGACGAUAAUCAAUUUGCUAAAUCUCUGGACACUCUACGUGAAUUUUUCAAAUCCAGAAAUUACCCAGACAGUGUAAUAGAUGCUGCAUUUAACAAGAUGCAUAAUGUUACACAAGACGAAGCUCUGAAAUACAAUAACAAUUCUGAUCAGGUUGAUAUUGUGCCUUUUGUUACUGAAUAUAAUCCCUCCCUCCCUAACAUUGCUAGUAUCAUACAUAAAUACUGGGAUUUAUUUAAACUAUCGCCAAAUGUCUCAGUCCAACAGUUGCAUUCCUCAAGACCCGUGUUAGCAUACAAACGUGAUAAAAAUCUUAAAGACUUCCUUGUAAAGUCUAGAUAUUCUGCAAUGCCCCCUACCCCCAUCAGCGCCCGUUCCAGCAAAUGCUACCGACCUAGAUGUACACAUUGUAGCAAGAUAGUAGAAACUGAUGAAUUCUGUGAAACAAUGGAUAGUACAAAAGAACCAUCUACAACUGGAGGAAGAACAUUGACAGCAGUCCUACUUUAUGUUGAACAAGGACCGGAAAUAUCAACACUGAAGGACUGGAGCUGCGCUAGAAAAAUUAAGAGUGUAUUGCUUUAG